AUGUCUACUCCUCCCGGUUCAGCUGGUGGUAAUUUGAUACCCGACGGCCGCCGCGUCGGGAGGCCAGUUCGAAGUCGUACAAGGGCUUCGAGGCGAACCCCUCCUACCUUGGUGAGCACGGAUGUGGAAAAUUUCCGAGCCAUGGUUCAACAUUUCACUGCUGGUCCUAAUGCUUCGGCGGCGGCACCUCCUGGGCCCGGACCUCACCUCGGUGAACCAAAUCUCGGAUUCGGUUUCGGAGAACGGCAGCAACCCCAUGUUAAUGCUGGUAUUUCACUGAUGGUUCCUCCGGCUGAUAUGUCUCAUUUGCAAUAUCAACAACAAAUGGUAUCUCAAUUGCAGCACCAAAACCAGGCGUACAUGUUCUCAUUGAACAACUAUAAUCCAGGGGCAGGGAGCUAUUCCUUCAAAGACAUGGGGGAACCCUAG